AUGUCUUGCAGGUCAGUAGCAGAAUGUGAAGCUGUCACAAAGAAGCUGUACAGUCUGCUCGGGUGGGAGUACAAAGAUGAGGAUUCUGAUGAUGAACCAGCGGGCGGUCCAAACCCUGCUGCUGUUAAUACUGAUGAUGAUAAUGACAGCGCGGUCAUGGACUGUGAUGAUGUGCCUCAAUCCCCAUGUGAGGAUAUUGCCUCCGAGACUGACGCGCCCAGCUCUAUGAUCCCUGACAGCCCUACCCUCCGCCCAGCGUACACUCAGAUCAUUAACACUCAGGACUCAGAUAAAGGUGAAACACUGCUGAGGGAUGAGGCUUCUAGUUCUGCUAUAAAGAGGCGUGCGGUGGUGGAGUUGACCAGACUUUCUGAGGAUGAGAUUCGGAAUGCUCUUUGUUCGCUGACGCCUGGACAGUACAGUAGUGAAGAAGAAGACUUGAGCAGCUGUGAUUCUGAUAAUUUCUGGGAACCAAAAGAUGACUCUGAUGAUUCCGAUUACUCAGACUUUGAGACCAAAUUAAAAAAAACAAAAGAAACAUUUAAAAAAACUGCAGAAGUCAAAAAGGGUCACCCCAAAAAAAACGCUACUAAAGCAAGUACUUACACCAACGUGAGUGUUGCAGAUAACACAAUCAAAUCUCAACAAAAUGUAAACACUGAUUCUAUAGCCACCCAGUCAAAGAUAAACAUCCAAACUGAAUUACCAGUGAAAGAAACAUUUGACGCUACGCAAAGGACAAAUAAAGUAGCAGCAUUGGGUUUCGGGGCUGUAGUGUCAUCCGUUUGCCAAGCCCCCACCAAACAAGCCACAGGACCCCCUCCUGGCCUGUCAGAGGAGGUGGUCACAGUUAACAUGGCAGUCCUGGCCAAGAGGAUGUCCAACAAGUGGCAAAAAGGAGAAAUAGUGGCGAUCCCAACGAAGGAAGAUGGUGAGUUGAAGUACAAGGUUGAUUUCAGAGAGGAUGGGACCAGCCUGGUCUCUGGACAUCACAUGGCGUUUGAUCGUAUCCCGUCCCUGGAACGGCUGUAUGUUGGUGCUCGUGUGGUGGCCAAGUACAAACAGACCAACCAGUCUACCUCUUUCUACUCUGGUGUGCUUGGAGAGCUUCCCAGCAGAAGGAACCGCAUGAGGUUCCUGGUCUUCCUUGAUGACCACACCCCGUGCUAUCUUGGCUUGCCUUCUCUUCACCUGGUUUGCAGACCAUUGAAGAAUGUUUGGGAUGAUAUUCCAGACUGCACCCACAGUCAUUUCAUUCAGGACUAUCUGACUGUCUGGCCGUACCCGCCCUUGGUCGAGUACAGGAUCGGAGAUGAAAUCAGCGCAGAGUUUGAAGGAGUCCAGAAGAAAUGUGAUGUGAAACAGAUAGACUGCAACUUGGUUCAUGUUAUUUUUCAGGAUGACCAACAUGAGGAGUGGAUCUACCGAGGCUCCAUACGACUGCAACACUUGGUCAAUAUGAAAGAACAUAUGAAGCUGGUUCAAAAAGAUGAAGGGUCAACUCUACUGACCACCCACACCAAUAAAUCUCAGGAUGGCUCCACGUCAACUCAUGUGCCAGCAAAACACACUUCACCUUCAACCAGAAAAACUGGACAGGCAGUUGUCUCCAGGAAUGCCACGGAACAGGAAGUCAUCAUCCCGACUACUGCUGUGGUCACCUAUACCCCACAUGAAUGCUGUCCUGCAUGCCUGGACCAGAUCAGGCCUUACUGGGAUGUGAAACAUUGUCGUGGACGCAACCCAAUGGUCAUUCCUCAACUCUUUGGGUUUCGGCGUAUGAUAGCCCCUAAAUGUGAUAAAAAUAAGUCCAAGUUGUUGUCCCAUGUGUACUACCGCAGUCCAUGCGGCCUGAGCCUCUCCAGCAUUGCAGCAGUGCAAGACUACCUUUACCGGACGCACUGCGAUUUCCUCUUUCUGGAGAUGUUCUGCCUGGACCCCCAUGUGUCUGUCAGUACCUUUCUUGAGACCCUCCCGCCUAAGAUCUACAUUCCAGACCUGGCUCAGGGCCUGGAGAACCAGCAGGUGUCUUGCAUCAAUGAACACAACAACAUCCGGCCCCCUGAGGUGGCCUACAGCAGUGAACUUGUGAUUAAAGGCGACAUCUCUACCAACAACAGCCUUGACUUCAUGCCAGGGUGUGACUGCACUGAUGGCUGCAGAGACAGUGUGGCCUGCUCAUGUCGUCAACUGACUAUUCAGGCUACUUCCCUGAGCCCUGGGGGACCAGUGGACGCCAGCGCGGGCUACAAUCACAAGAGACUGAAUGGUCGUAUUAUUACUGGGUUGUAUGAGUGCAGUGCUCGGUGUAGCUGUAAUCCUCGCAUGUGCUCCAACCGGGUGGUACAGCAUGGCAUUCAGUUGCGGCUGCAAGUCUUUAUGGCCCCUGGCAGAGACUGGGGUAUUCGAUGUCUAGACGAUGUGGCCAAGGGCACCUUCGUUUGCGCCUACAGUGGUAGAGUUAUAUGUGGUGAGAAGAACACUCAUUCAGCCACACACUUUGCCAAACUCAACCUUAUAGAGAGAGUGGAGAUUCAUAAAGAGGAUUAUGAGCCUAAGGCCUAUUGUUCAGACAGCGAAACAGCUGAAAACCUGGAAGAGUCCAUGGAGGAAGAGGAUAAUAACGCUGGCAAUGGCCGUGAAGAUCCUGCAGAGACUGCAGCCUGCAAAGGAAGAAAAUCUGGUCCUGCUGCAAAGGAAAAGAGACCAAAGGAGUCUUUCAACAUUGCCACCAAGGCUACUACCAGGGGUUUCUUUGAUGGGGAGGAUCUCUGCUACAUCAUUGAUGCUGAGAUGGAAGGGAAUGUGGCACGCUACCUCAGUCACGAUCGUAGCCCAAACCUGUUUGAGCAGUAUGUCUUCGUGGAUACACAUGACCUCAGGUUUCCCCGGUUGGCCUUUUUCACUGAAAAGCGACUCAAAGCCGGCACAGAGCUCACCAUCGACUACAGAUCCAUAGGUGGUGUCGGAAGCAUUUCAGCAGCUCAACAAUUAUGUCACAGCAGCUCCAAAAAAAAAAGAAAAAAAAAGACAGUACAAACCGUGAAGGAAGUUCAAAACGUAUAUUUUUGAACAAUGUUCAUUUGUAAUUGCGUUUAAGCAAAAAAAAAAAAAA